AUGCAGAGAUGGGCUUCAGUAGAGGGCAGGCAGCUGGUGGCCGGCCCGCUGCACCCGCGCCUGCACAGCGCCCUGGCAGCCCCUCAGCUUGCGGCCUCGGCUGCCAGCACCGAGGAGCGGCAGGAGGGUCCUGCGCCGCCGCAAGACGUGCCACCCCCUGUCAGCCCUCCCCUGGACCUGCAGCCAACGACCUCUGACAGCAGCGGCAGCAGCGGCAGCGGCGCGGUAGAGGCGGGAGCUGGCACCGGCGCAGGCGGCGGCGGCCCGGCUGCCGCGCCGCCGUCGCACCAGCAGGGCCGCGGCAGCGGCCAGCGGCGCGGGCCGAGGCCGCCCGGCGGGACCAGCAAGCCGCGCAGGCAGUGGCAGGGCCGGCCUGCGCAGGGGCACGCGCAGGGGAAGCAGCGGCAGCGCCAGCACGGCGAGGCGGGUCGGGAGGGGGGCAGGCCGCGCCAGGGCGGCACCUACGAGCAGAGGCAGGAGCGGUAUCUAGUGAUGGAGAUCCUUCACAAGAAGCAGAACUGCCGCGAGGUGGUGGAGCUGGUGCAGCGGCACGCGGCGCGGCGCCAGCUCAGCGCGCGCGAGCUCACCAUGGCCUGCACCCGCCUGGGCAGGCUCUACGCCGCGCUGUUCAAAGACACGAUGAGGCUGGGGGGCGAUGCAGACAACAACAACGAGCACUGCGCCGCCAUGGAGUUCCAUCCGGGGCCUCAGCGCCUGGUGACGAUGGUGGAGGUGCUGCUGCCCCAGCUCUCCGCCUUCUCACCCGAGUCCUUCUGCGCAGUCAUCUUCUCCCUCGCCUGCCUGCGCGUGCGCCCAGACGACGCCGCCCUCACCGCCCUGCUGGACGCCUUUGAGUGGCAGAUCCCCAGCUCCAACAACAGGCAGCUGGUGACGGUGGUGUGGGCGAUAGGCGCGCUGUCGCUGGGAAGCCUGGUCACCGAGCGGCUGUGGGAGCGGCUGGGGGCGGCGGUGCUGGCGCAGGAGGAGGAUUUCAACUUCUCCUCCGCUCCCUUCUUCCUGUUUGGAGCCGCGCGCCUGCAGCUGCCGCCCACCGACGAGCUGAUGCAUGCGCUGCUGAGGAAAGCGCGGCAGUUCUCGGAUGAGCUGCGCACAGGGGACGUGUCGGUCAUCCUGUGGGCGCUGGCCAGGCUGGGGCGCAAGGUGGGGGAUGGGAUGGUCAGCCGCGAGUUUGUGGAGGCGAUGGUGGCUCGCUACGCGGCCCACAACCGCACCACGCCCGCCACGCUGCGCCAAGUCUGCGCCCUGCUCUUCUCCUGCGCACACCUCAACCACAAGCCGCCCCCCGAGGUGCUGGCCGGCUGCAUCGCACGCAUCGACGAGCUGGCCGCGGCCUCCAGCGCGGCGCUCUCCGGCACCGACGCCUCCAUGCUGCUCUCCGCCUUUGAGGCUUUCGAAUCGACCGAGGGGCUGGCACUGCUCAAGCGGCACAUCAUGGGGAAUGGGGCGGGCGCCGCCUCGGAGGAGGCGCCAGGUGGCGCUGAGCUGGCGGGCGAUGACCUGGAGAUGGAGGACGAGCUGAGGCCCACCAUGCAGCUGUGA